CAGACUGGUUCAGGGUCAUAGAGAGGAUUGCAGCCAAGGGACAAGGACUUCUAACCAAAAUGUGCGCAGGUGCAAUAACUUAUCUCGUAAAAUGAACGCAGUCCAAACAGAUAUUUUGUGUGCUUGCAAUCACUGGUCACUGUUGCUCGCCACGGCGUCGCUAAAUGCCCAGAGGGAGACACCUGACGUCUCCGCCACGUACACGCGCCUGCGGUGGGGAUGCAAAAUCAAAGUGCAAAAGAGCUGAACGGGUGUUCACUGCCGUCACAGAGCCACGCAGGGCUGAGGGAAAGCGAGUUACGUUGGUGGUUCACUUGUGAGCUUCUCGCACUCGCAUUCGCCUGCGCGCAGUGGCGCCGUGCGCUCCUCGAUCCGGCUCUUUUCGCUCCGCUCCGCGCUUGGAUGCAAUGACCGGACAACUUUUAACUCCGCUCUGAUGAUGCUAUUCCUCCAUGGCAUCUGAUGAAUUCUUCACCGGGAAUCAGUAAAAGGUUUGCCGCACAGCUCACCUCCCAUGUCCCCGGCGAGUCUCCAUGGCGAUGUUUAGCAGCGCAGAGCGGCUCUGGAACGAAUCGGACCACCUCGGAUGGGACGGGAGGAACGAGAGCUUGGAAGCACCUGGGCAGGACGAGGGGGAGCGCAACUAUUACGCCAUGCUGUACUCCCUGCUCAUUCUGGCCAUCGUGUUUGGGAACUUGUUGGUGUGUCUGGCUGUGCUGAGGGAGCGCUCUCUCCAAACCACCACCAACUACCUGGUGGUCAGCCUGGCUGUGGCUGACCUGCUGGUGGCCUCUUUGGUCAUGCCCUGGGCGGUGUACCUGGAGGUGGUCGGCGGCGCCUGGCUUUUCAGCCGGCUCUACUGUAACAUCUUUGUCACGCUGGAUGUGAUGAUGUGCACCGCCAGUAUCCUCAACCUGUGUGCCAUCAGCAUUGACAGAUAUACCGCAGUAGUGAUGCCUGUCCUGUACAACACCACCCAUCGCUCCAGGAAGAGGGUCUUUGCGAUGAUUGCCACCGUCUGGGUCCUGGCCUUCGCCGUCUCCUGCCCGCUGCUGUUUGGCUUCAACACCACAGACGACCCGAUGGUGUGCUCCAUCUCCAACCCUGACUUUGUGAUCUACUCCUCUGUGGUGUCCUUCUACCUGCCGUUUAUUGUCACUCUGCUCGUCUACAUCCGCAUCUACGUCUUCCUCAGGAUGAGGCGGAAGAGGAUCAACUUUGGACAGCCUAGCGGAAAAGUACAGCCCGGUUCCACCCCUCCAUCUGUGGAGACCUGUCUGCAAGAAGAGACGCCCAAGGCGAAGCAAGACUUGUCACCUAUACGAAUUAAAGUGGAGAGCACAGAACUAUCGGGUCCGUCCAAGCCCACCCUGCUCUCAGGAUGCCUGUGGCGCAAACGCCCGAAGACGGGGCCGGUGGAGAACUCGAUGCUGCCCCCGGUGGACACGCAGAACUACUGCAGCAUCAGCCACGCCUCCUGCGGCCGCACCGAGCUGGACCUGGAGCAGGAGCGCGGGGAGCAAGGCCCGGAGGAGAACAACCAGAUCGAGCUUCCUCCCGUCAGGAUGAGCUGCGAGGUCAAAGAUCUCUCCAACGGGCGAACGCACACGGCGCUGAGGCCGAUAUCCAACUCUCUGAUCAACAGCUCGCGGUUCAGGAGCAUGCACGCACGGGAGAAAAAGGCCACUCAGAUGCUGGCCAUUGUGCUCGGGGUGUUUCUCAUCUGCUGGCUGCCUUUCUUUGUGACUCACAUUCUGAACACCCACUGCAGGACGUGCUACGUGCCUCCUGAACUUUACAGCGCUUUCACGUGGCUGGGGUACGUCAACAGCGCCCUCAACCCCAUCAUCUACACCACCUUCAACAUCGAGUUCAGGCGGGCCUUCAUCAAGAUCCUCAGCUGCUGAGGACGGGAUGUUAAAAAUUGAGGAAAUGAGGCCGUGCACUCGUGCUACAACUCAGGCGUGGCCCAUCCAGCAAAACGGCGACCACGGGGGGGGGGGGGGACACCGGUCGCCGUCACAGGAACCAUUCAGGAGUUUUACAGUAUACGUGGACCGACGCUGUGCUGUGCAAUAAAUGCAAACAAGAGAGGAUUUUUACUUUUCUGACUGUUUCGAAGACUGAAACUUUUAUUUCUCAACAGGGCUGGGAUUCCAUUUGAACAGUAUUACUCCUCAAAUGAGACUCUUUUUUUUUUUGUUUUUUUUUUGUUACAGUCUCAGUGAUAGCGCAGGUUUUCAUGUCUUUCAUGUACAGUACGUGUACCUCUCACUGGCACACUCCUCAGUUCAGGAAUUUCAGGUCAAUGUAAGUUUUAAAAAAAAAACGCUGUGGAGCCAAAAUGGAACUAUAAAAAGCCAAUAAUUUAAUCUCAGAGCUGCGGACCACUGCCACCGCCCGUUGUGGAUUAAAUAAUGGUGAUAACAUCCCCCUCCCGUUCCUUCCUUCCCCACCACGGCCGUCAGUAACUCACCAGCGCACGUCAAAACUGACCCGCCGGAGAAAUCGUAUCGGUCCUCGUCAAGACGCCAUUUUAAAGAUAUAUUAAUUAUGUGGAGGCAUUGUGCUCAUUGUUGGUUCGUUAGGAUUAAAAAAAAAAAAUAUGUGUGUUGUUAAUGCACAGUGGAAGCAUUCUCAGUGUUUUUUUUUUUUCAAAGGGGACUGUCUCUUUAUUGGCAAACGUUCCCGUGAUUUAAAGCUGCCUGCUGGGCUGUUCGGAUGCAGGCAGGAGCUUUUGUGAUCUUAACAAAUCAAACAGGAUUGUAAUCUACGUGGUAGGCCGGUCUGGCAUGGACAGAGUAUUUACUGCAAUGUGUUGUAAAUAAUAAAAAAAAUAAUAAAAAAUCCAGGCUCGUGUAUGUACAUGUGUACAUCCGAGCGCUGCCUGUGACGAAAGAUGCCCCGAAGAACGUAGAGGAGCCUACGUGAUAUUUGCAGGACGAAUGUGGCGAGACGAAAAACAAGAGAAGGAGAUAAGAGGCAGCGCGAGAGUUGAGCGGUGAAACCAGAAAAGGGAAAAAAUUAACCGAAGGAGCAAGGAUCAAAGAUGAGACUGUAGGAGGAAAACAAUAAAAGGUAGAUGGAUGCUUAGUCGCUGAGGGAGGAAGGAAAGUAAAGGGGGUCUUUCUCAGCCUGCCUACCUCUCAGGCUCUCUUAUUUCUCUCAGAGGCACAAACACCUGCUCCCCUGACACUUUGUGCCAUUGCGUCGACUCAGCCUCGUUCCACUGAAACUGCUUAUGAUGAUGACGCACCAGGUGUGUAUGUAUGUGUGCGAGCGCUCCCCCCCUUUUUUUUUUCUUUUCUUCAUGGAUCUUUGCAUCGCAGUGUGGAACAUCCACGUCGUGAACAUCGUAACGCAAAUGUCAAUGAACCACGGCAUUAAUUUAUGUUUUCCCUCUAUAUAUAUAUAUAUAUACAUAUAUAUUAAAAACAAAAUAGCGUGGAGAAAUAAAUGCUUAUCUACAAGGCUGCAACCACGACAUAAAACAAGCUGAGGCUGAGUGAUGAUCAGAUGAGGGGGUUUGCUCUUGUGUUCUUUAAUUGAAUUUGAAUAUGAAUCGAGUUAAUUAAAGAUACAUGUACUUAUGGAUUGUUUCCUGUGAUUCAGAGGCAAGGACAAAAACACUAAUUUAUGUCAUCCGGCGUAAAACAUAAAAGGCCCUGCAUUCAUUCAGAGGCUGCCGUGUUCAUCACAUGCGACGGUGUGAAAAGGUAAAAGGAAAUUGCGCAUAUUAAGGGGCGUCGAUGCUCGUCUUUAUCGGGAGCGACGCUUAAAAAAUGUUUCACGUGUCCUUAAAUGCUGCCAGAGGAAAGGUUACAGGGUCAUUACAAACAAAAGAGUUUCGCCCCCUUUGGGAUUAUGUAUGUGCUCAUCCAAUUUCAUGGCAAUCUGUUUUUACAUUGAAAGACGUCUUGUGUGUUGACAUGUUGUCCUGGAGGCAAUGCAAGGCUAAUGUAGAGCUCAGUGUCUACUGUUGGGUGGAAGACAUCUAUUCUGACGCCAGUUGCGUUUGAGUGGACAGUAUUUCUGGGAGGUAAACACCAAUCAGCCACAACAUUAAAACCACUGACCGGUGACGCGAAUGACACUGAGAAACUUUUAGAGAUGUUACAGUAGAUAAAUCUAAAAGAAAUUAUCGCUAACUAUUUUUUCCAGCAAAUUUCUCAGCGUGACAUCAUUUGGAAAGAAAUUAAAACCUUGGUUCCAUACAUGUCAGGCACGCAGGUGCAGGGGCGAAACGCUCACCCCUUCAUGGUCGAGGUUCAGGUUCAGUCGUAAUCUCCGACAGUGUUCAAAGCACACGCUGCCGUGCUCCUGCUGGUUCGUGUAGCCGCCUCAGUGCAGCUGAGCUCGCUGCUGGGGAUUUGAAGCAAAGCCCUGCGCAAUCUAAAGAGUUUUCUGUCAGGUCUUUGAAUGGCGUGGCUGGUACGUGCGAAAGACUCGAGGGGACUAAUGCGGAAAGCUGAAUCGGUCUGAUUAACAGACGAUAGUGCAUUUACAGUGCUGUGAAUGGGGCCGCCUUGAAAAUGUACAUUUUAUGACAAGGAGGAAUGUAACUGCAGUGCUGUUCAAGCAAAUGCAUCAGUCAAAAGCGGUACAUGACAAAGACGUCAUUCUGUCGAGCUUAUAGUCAGUUGUGAGAGUUAAGCAAAGUUUCUUUUUUUUCUUAAUUUUGACAAAAGAAAAUAAAAUAAUUUUUCAUUUAA